GUGGUAGUGGUGCUGGUGGGGGACAAGAGAUGCAAUCGUGCAGUGGAAUUGAUAAGCUGGGAGAACCAUCUGUCACGUCGAGUGAUCCGAAUGAACGGAAGUUAGCGAGAAGGAUUAGAAUUCAGAGAACCUUGGAAGCGCGAAAGAAGAGGCAUGAUCCAACCGAGGAUGAGGCAAUCGUUGAAAAAACCGCAACUGAAAAACAAAUUGAUGCUAGUGAAGAAUUGUUGCAGAAGUUGAUUACCGAGGGGAAUGAAAUAAUUUCGAAUGUUCGAGUAGCUAAUGACGCACGUGAAGUCUCUCGCAGAGAAGACGAGAUCACCACUCGUAACAUCCUAUUGGAGCAUUUGGAGAAUGAAGCUGCUGAUUCAUUGGAGAAAUACGAGGAAAUAAACUCGAAAUGGGCACCUAUUUUAGCUUCCAAGGAUCCUCUAGACAUCCACGCUGGCAUUCAAUCCCAAACGGCCAAGUGUAAUGAAGUACUGGUUCAGAAGGAUGUCAUAAUAUCCGAAUUGAAGCAAGAACUGGAAAAUGCUGACUUGAAGUUUGAGAAUGAUCAGAAGAAGCAGAGCGAUGAUAUCAAUUUGCUUAUUGAGAGGAUUGAAAUGCAGAUAACUAUAAUGUCGAAGGCAUACAGACGUGAAUUAGUCCUGAUUGAAGAUGCUCUGAUCGACGAGAGGAGUGCUCUCCUUGAAAGGAUAACAAAAAAAUGGGACAAUCUGUACGAAAAACGACAGCAGAACGAAAUCGACGGUGUGGAACGCAGAAAACAAAUAAUGAGGGAAUACGACAAAGAAAUGGAGAUGGUCCUGGUAGAACAUCAGGAGCAAUACAGAUCUCAGAAAAUAUGGCUCGAGACUGAGUGCCAGAAGCUUCAACAGGAGGUCCAGAAUAUGCAGGCAAUCUGCACGAUGAAUAUAGAAAAAUUAAAUUACAGUUACGCCGUAUUGAAACGGAGGGAGGGGGAAAAUACUAUUGUAAAAAAUCAGCAGAAGAAGAGAAUCAAUAAACUCCACGAUACCAUCAACAGUUUGAAAAAGAGUUACAUGGAUUUGGAGGAGAACACAAAAUUAAAAAUUGAAAAGCUGCAGGAACAAGUGUUGAAGGCACACAAAAAUAUUCAGGAAUUGGAGGCCAAAUCUCGACACUUCAGCUUUGUCAAUGACAGGCAGUUCAUGCAGAUUUGGGAGAUGAAUACUAAAACCGCGGAUCAACUGCUUCAUAAGAUUCUCACGGCUGAUCAAAUUAUUUACGAAGAAAUGCUGGGAUUGGACUGGGAGCCACCCGAGGAAAAACUGUUGAAGAAGGAGGACUUACCUUCAUAUUCCAGAGCAAUGCAAAUUAUCGAACAAAAUGAAGCAGAUCAUAAGGAAAUAAUGAAACUUUGCGCUCCUGAGAAGCGAGACAUAUCUCCAGAGCGCAAACUUCAGGAGCAAAAAUUACUGAACCACAUAAUGAGACAAAUUUCUGAUCAAACUGGUUUUUUGAUCGAAGACAAAAUGAGGGACCUCCUUUCGACCCAUGUAAACGACGAUCAAGUAGUUAUUCGUCUCGACAACGUCUUCCAAGCACUCAGCAUAGAAUCAGAAGAUCAAGUAAAUUUAUUGAUGAUUUUCUUCCUGCCUUACGCCUACUGCCCACUCUGUGACGAGGAAGAAAGACAACGUCAACUCCUGGAGCAGAUGCCACCAGAAGAGCCAGAAGACAAGAACAUAUGUUUAUGCAACGAAGAUCUCGAUGAGAAAUCAAUACGCCUUAUCACACAAGUGAUAAAACACUUGCCCGAUCCAAACGAAGAUGUGAAAAAACCAACCGCUGAUUCUACUUCAUCGUCAUCAGAGCUUUCAACAGGCAGUCACUUCUCUGCUGAAUUAGUUGUCCCAAACCCGCAAGAACCAGCACUAACAUGCACCAUAGGCCAUUUACUCCAGAUCCACUCUGAAAACGUCAUAAAAGCCCUGCGGGAAUUUGUGGAGAAGUACCACGAGGCGAAACGAGCUGAAACCAUCUGGGGUGAUGGCAAGACAUCGCAGAGCGUUACUCUCUCAAGAAGUAUAACAGCCGAGGAUAUGACAGAGUAUUGGAGGAGAUACAGGGAAAUAUUCUCCAGGAAUAAGGAAAAACUCUGGGAUGCAUUGAUGAUAGGAUUGCAUAAAUAUCACGAGAUACUGAAGGAUAGGCAAAAAUUAAGGCAAGAGACCGACUCCCUUCGUCGACAGAAUGAUGAGUUGAGGCGACUGCUGGAACCGUACAAAGUCAAGUCUGAAACUUGCUGCAUACCGAGUACAUGUUCGAGAUCUUCGAAUAGAAUAUCCUGAAUAAAACUCCAAUCAGCUAUUCACGAAAUAACA